CUGAGCCCUGGAGAUGGAGGUUAAUUGGGAAAGGGGAGGAGGGGAGGAGAGCCACCGCAUCAGAGAGUCUGUGCUAGAAUUUGCAGCUGGUCACUGCCAAGCAGGAGCCUGCGAGCUGCGUGCGCAAUUCUUGUAAUAAUUUUGGCUUUUGUCAAAGGUACUCUCACCCACCUGGCGAUUUGAGUUCUCCCCCUGCCACCUGGGGGACGUGGGUGGCGCUGUGGGUUAAACCACAGAGCCUAGGACUUGCCAAUCAGAAGGUUGGCGGUUCGAAUCCCCAUGACGGGGUGAGCUCCCGUUGCUCGGUCCCUGCUCCUGCCAACCUAGCAGUUGGAAAGCACGUCAAAGUGCAAGUAGAUAAAUAGGUACCGCUCUGGCGGGAAGGUAAACGGCAUUUCCGUGUGCUGCUCUGGUUCACCAGAAGCGGCUUAGUCAUGUUGGCCACAUGACCCAGAAGCUGUAUGCCGGCUUCCUCGGCCAAUAAAGCGAGAUGAGCGCCGCAACCCCAGAGUCGGCCACGACUGGACCUAAUGGUCAGGGAUCCCUUUACCUUUACCUGCCACCUGGAGGGGCCAUUGCCCUCACUACUGCCGCUGCAUCCUCAGUGCUGUUGUUGUCUUGUGGCAGCAACACGGGUGCAGCCACAGGUGAGGGUGCAGUUGUGAUGGCAGGGCCAGGUAUGGUGCUAGGGGGAGGGAGUACAGAUCGGGGGCGGGGGGAGCUUUUGUGGCAGCAAAAUGUUUCAGCCUGGCUCUGAUUCCACCAUUGCCUCUUUCCUGGCUUAUGCGCAAAACAUCAAAGGUUAUUCUAUUUUCAUUUACUUCUGUCUUUGAAUUAAACUCAGUUUUGGGUAACGUUAUGGGGCCUCUUAAAUCUGCCAUAACUUCGGCUCUGAGCAUGUCUUCAUCGGGUCCUGGCUGAAACUUUCCUGAUGUGCAAAUGUGAUGGCAUUUUGACUCGCUGAGCAACCGUAUUCAUGCCUGAAAACUGGGAAAACAGGGAAUUAAACGGUGGAGGGAUGUUGUGAAUGGGUCCCAAGGGGGUUUCAAACUUUUCCCGGCAGCUUCUGACAUUCUCCUCCAUGACAGUUUAGGAUCUUGCCCUGCAACGAGAGCUGGUGGUGGUCUAUAUUUGUCGCUUUUGCUCAUCGCUGCUGACAUCCCUCUCAGAAAGAAGCGGCUGUCUCGUGUUACAGCAAAAAGUCUGCAGUCGCCCGUCUAGAAACCUGGCAGAGAAUUGCCUUCUUAUGAAAAUCAAGGUUUGUCAGGAGAGACAAAUGUGAAGUUUACUGUUAUCUGGGCGCCAGAAGAAAUUGUGGAAUCUUUACACAGAAGGCAAGUUUCAGAACAGCAAGAUUCUCCUUUUUUUAUUAUGGUAGAUUGAACUGGCGCAGCUGUUCAAUCUAGGAACGAUUAUUUAAAAAUGGGUGCCUGAGUCUUGAUUCUUAUUUUCCAUUUUCCUCCCUGUACCCUUUCCCUUGUACGUCUUUUAUUUAAGACUGUAAACCUACACAGACGGACUUGUCUUGCUUUGAUUCCAGGUAAGCCGCUCCACGACCCUUUUUGCGCCAAGCUUAAUAAAUGCUGCUCAAUAAACUUAGACAAAUGUGAGCAAUUGGACUGCGGCAUAAAAAGAUAACGAGAGCAUAUUUCUGCAUGCAGUAGUUUUGAAAGUGCAUUCAUGCUUUGUAAAUUGAAAUUACAUGUUUGUUAAAAAAACACCCACGAAACAAAAUGUAUGGCUUUGUAGUGUAAAGUUUAUACUAUCGUGAAAGUCUCUUAAUGGCCUGAAUUGGAUCCUUGGUCAGCAAGGCCACUGGAAGGCCACUUGUGGUAGAGGGUGAAAGGGCACAGCGACAAAACCCUGAGUUGGCACCUUGCUGGGGGACAGAGGUCCAUGCCAGUCCUGGAGUCUUGAGGCUCUGUUGCUCACUCCAGGUCUCUUUAUAAGGUUAUCAGGACUCUCCUCAGGCCAAACACCCUUUUGUUGUUUAGUCGUUUAGUCGUGUCCGACUCUUCGUGACCCCCUGGACCAGAGCACGCCAGGCACUCUUAUCUUCCACUGCCUCCCACAGUUUGGUCAAACUCAUGCUGGUAGCUUCGAGAACACUGUCCAACCACCUCGUCCUCUGUUGUCCCCUUAUCCUUGUGCCCUCCAUCUUUCCCAACAUCAGGGUCUUUUCCAGGGAGUCUUCUCUUGUCAUAAGGUGGCCAAAGUAUUGGAGUCUCAGCUUCAGGAUCUGUCCUUCCAGUGAGCACUCAGGGCUGAUUUCCUUCAGAAUGGAUAGGUUUGAUCUUCUUGCAGUCCAUGGGUCUCUCAAGAGUCUCCUCCAACACCAUAAUUCAAAAGCAUCAAUUCUUUGGCGAUCAGCCUUCUUUAUGGUCCAGCUCUCACUUCCAUACAUCACUACUGGGAAAACCAUAGCUUUAACACCAAACCACUGAGCCACAUUUUCCAUCAGUCCUGCUUUGCAUCCUCUUUGAGUGUUCUUUUGUGGCUACUUGCAUGAUAGUGGUGACGUAGGAAGUGGGGUGCAGUGGGUGGGGGACGCCCCGGGUGUCAUCACUGAGGGCGAUGAACGUGGGGCCAGGGCCUGCAGUGCACCUGAGCCACACGCCUCUCCUGGGGAGUGACGCAGUGGCUCAGGCACCUGCAGGCUCCAUGCUGCCCGAAACGGCAACGUGGGGCUUGCGGACUCUGUGGAAGUUCCACACAGAGUGCUCUGCCCCAGUUUUCCCCACCCCAUGGGCUUCUUGCCCCACCCCCAGGUGCAGGGCAUUUGUGCCGCCACGGGCGCCCAAGCAACUAGCUACGCCACUGCAUGAUAGACAAGAAUGUGUUCAAAUGAGGAAACAAGCCCAUUGCGUGCCAAGGCCCCGAGCCCUGUAGUUCCACACUGAUUAAUAAACACACCAUGAGUGUUUUGGAUUAUGGGCUUAAACAGGCCACGACUGUACAGUGGUACCUCUGCUUAAGUACUUAAUUCGUUCCAGAGGUUUGUUCUUAACUUGAAACUGUUCUUAACCUGAAGCCCCAUUUUAGCUAAUGGGGCCUCCUGCUGCUGCCGCGCCGCCGGAGCAUAAUUUCUGUUCUCAUCCUGAAGCAAAGUUCUCAGCCCAAGGUACUAUUUCUGGGUUAGCAGAGUCUGUAACCUGAAGUGUAUGUAACCUGAAGCGUAUGUAACCCAAGGUACCACUGUAUUGGUUACAGAUGUGAGCAGUUUGGCUUAGGCAUUGCGUGAAACCAGGCUAUAUCUUGACUCCCGCCCGUCUGCAGGGAGUCAAACUAAGGGCAAACCACCAGAAGGGGGAACCCUAAGACUUACAUAAAAUAGGGGCACCCCGAGGGGGUCCCUGUUGGGGUAGUGGCAUGGCCCUAGCUCACACCUGGGCUUCGGACAGAAUCCACACCCCUGGAUCCCUUUAACAGGAUGCCCUUAUCAAAACAGGAUGCCCUUAAACAAAGGCUUACCCAGUGCCUAACCUUGCAAAGUUGUGACGAUGGCCUACAAGGCAGGCGAGAGCCAAAUGGCAGGUGCCAAUUUGCCAAGUGGAAAAAUUCCUACCCAGCCCCAAGAACAAGGCGGCCGACAUUUGUCCAUAGCAAGGUCAUGUCAAACCAAAACUUAAAAAGAGGGUGGGUGGGUAAGGAGUUCUGGCGUGGAGGUGAGAGUGGGAAGCCCCCGGCCACGUCACAGUUUAAAUUACCUGCGGCCACAUCCCCUGCCAGCAUGGAAUGGCCGGGCAGGGGUGACAUGGAGGGGGUUGGCGUUGAGGGGGAAUCAAUCUCCUGUCCCCUAGCUGGGUCACUAUGAGAGCCUGGAUGCCCGGUGGAAUGCCACCCACCCCAGAAGGUGAGCGGACCUGUACAAAAGCAACGUUUUGUUGUUGUUGCUCCACCUGCGUUUUCUUCUGGUCCUGCCCACCGCUGGUCAUUAGGCCCCCGAAAAAUUGCACAGAAUGUCAUGUGGCCCCCAGGCUAAGAACAACAACCAAAACCCCCCUGAUUUAAAUCUUUAAGAUACGCCAGGACUUUGGCUUUUUCGCUACACAAAAGUAACUCUUCCUGCUUAUUAAAAGUGCCUAUACAGUGGUACCUCAGGUUACAGACGCGUCAGGUUACAGACGAUUCAGGUUACAGACUCCGCUGACCCAGAAAUAGUACUUCGGGUUAAGAACUUUGCUUCAGGAUGAGAACAGAAAUUGCGCAGUGGCGGCACGGCAGCGGUGGGAGGCCCCUUUAGCUAAAGUGGUGCCUCAGGUUAAAAACAGUUUGAGGUUAAGAAUGGACCUCCAGAAUGAAUUAAGUUCUUAACCCGAGGUACCACUGUAUUUUGUUCUUCCUUCGUGUCAUUGUGGCUACGCAGCUCUCCCUCUGCCUGUUCUGAACAUCUUGUGGCAUUUUGUUCCUCAGCAACAACUCUCUCUGCAGGAUAGAUUGGCAUCCCGCCUUCUCGCUCCUGCAAUGGACACGGGAUCCAAAGAGAACGAGGCGGAACCCCCCAGAUUCUACCACUUGGAGCUUUAUGACUCAGCUGAAGACCUGGAGCUCUUUUCGGAAGAGCCCUUCCGGAGGCGAGAUCUGGGCUUGUGCGAAACCAGCAAGACUCAAGGGGCAGAGGAGCAAAGGUUGCCUUCCGUGGGCAACGCAAGAGAGAGCGACAAAGGGGAAGAUACAUACUGCAUUACGUGCUGCGUCCCGAUCAGAGCCGAUGGUCAGCAGAGUGGCGACCACAGUGAGCACGAGGUCAUUCCUCUUAGCAGCGUGGUGGAAAUUGCAAAGGUGGGGACGAUGGAAAACCAGUCAAUCCAGUCUGGAAGGAGGGGGUUUCAGUCGGUUAUGAUUCACUGGGCCAAAGAUUUUGGGUAUAAUAUACAGCUGAGUGAUUGGGUGAAAUUAUGGAAGGAAGGUUUAAAAUUUACUGCAUGCAAGGCCCUAAAGGAAAAUGUGAUGAAAAGGAUGUAUAGAUGGUAUAUUACACCUGUCAAGCUAGCGAAAAUGUAUAAAGUCAGUAAUAAAUGUUGGAAAUGUAAAGAAAAAGAGGGAACAUUUUAUCACAUGUGGUGGGAAUGUAAAAAGGUGAAAUGCUUCUGGGAGAUGAUAUAUAAUGAGUUGAAAAAAAUGUUGAAAUAUACAUUUAUAAAGAAACCAGAAGCAUUUUUAUUGGGCAAUGUGGGGAGUGACAUAAAUAGAAAGGAAUGUAAGCUCUUUUUAUAUGCAGUAACAGCAGCAAGAAUAUUAUUGGCCCAAAAAUGGAAGCAAUAAGAGUUACCGAUGAUUGAAGAAUGGAGGAUGAAGUUAAUGGACUAUGCAGAAUUAGAUAAACUAACAGGAAGGAUUCGAAACCGGCGAGACCAGAAAUUCACAGAAGACUGGAGUAAAUUUACGGACUAUUUGAAAAGUAAUUGUGAAGAACAGACGACGUUUGUAGGGUUGCAAGAAGUUUUGUGAGGAGUAUUAUUAGAAGUAUUGUAAAAAUGGACAAGGGGGAGGAUGAUUUGUUAAGAGAUGUAAAGGCAAUAUAAAGUUAAGAAAUGCAUAAGAAGUGGUUAAAACGGUGGAUCAUCAGAGGAGCUGACGGAAGUCUAAAAAGAUUGUAUAAGUGAUAAGUUUUGUGGUACAUUUUACAAUUUAUAUGUUAAAAUUAAUAAAAAAUAUUAUAUAAAAAAAGGAAGGAGGGGGUUUCUCUUUCCACGAUAAUCCAGUAUGCUAAACGCUGUCAUUUCUUGAAUAGGAUGAGUUUCGGAAAAACGUAUGCAAACUGGAAGAUCAGAUCACUCACCUGGAGAGCUUUUCUAGCCACUUGGAGGAAAUUUUUAUCACCAUCGAGGUGAGACAUCUUCAUGCAUUGGAAAUCUCAAGAAUGGGACCUCAAUACUUGAUUGUGGGGCUACCUUUGGAUUUUCCAAAUGCUGCGGUUGGACGGUUGUUGGAGAUAGACUAUUGCCAGCGCAUAAUUCUAGUGCUCAAAGGUCGGCACUGGCUGCUCACAUGCUACAAGACCAGGUUCAAGGUUCUUGUAUUAAGUUAGUAAUUUGGACCCAAGAUACCUCAAGGAUGACCUGAUCCCUUAUAUCCCUGCCCAGUCACAGAGGUCUUCAGGGGAGUCACUGUUAGAAGUCCCCCAUGGUGCGUAUCCACUAGAAACCAAAGGUUGAGGAUUGUGGGCCGAAUUUUAUGGGACUUCCUACCAGUUGAGAUCAGACAAGCACCAUCCAUACUGAACUCCUCCUUAAACUGCCAAACCAUGUUAAAAUACCUUCUUCUUUGGGGCUGAAAUCUGCUCUCCUCCUUCUUCAUCUUCAGGCAGGUAAUGUUUGGGGUUGUCCUUGUAAAUACCCUUGAAGUUUUUCACCACUUUUGGUUACUGAAUUAAUCUACAAAAAUGCAAACGCAACACGCUGGCUAAUAACUUAGUAAAUAUAUACAGUGGUACCUCGGGUUACAUACGCUUCAGGUUACAGACUCCGCUAACCAAUGAACAACCAAUGAACACCAAACUAUCUCUCAACGGAAGACGUCUCACACAAGUCUCAAAGGAAAACAUCUCUAAGCUAUUUAUUGGUUGUUUGAACCUUUGUUUGACUCUGAUACAUAUAACAACUUGCAGUUUCUUGUAUAUUUUGUGAGAUGUGUUGUAUGAUAUAUAUAUUAUUUUGAAAUGGCUUAUUCGUAUAUUUUGAAUGACAUCAUACCGAUUAUAUAUUUACUAAGUUAUUAGCCAGCGUGUUGUGUUUGCAUUUUGGUAGAUUAUCACAUUAUAAAAGACAGGGGUUUAUGUUUGUUCAGGUUACUGAAUUAAGACAGAUCCAUAAAUGAACCGUUGCUUCAUAGUAGAUAACAACAACCAACGCCUAUAGAGAAACUGCCAUUGAUGCCAAGAGCAAAGCACUCUUUGUGUUCAUUCAGAUUUCUAUCUUUUUAGUGUGGGGUGUCUGGCGGGAAAUUUGUGCAGCUGGAAAAUCUGCUUCUUUAAAAAAAAAAAAACCUAUUAUGGCUGAACCGGUAUUAUAAAACCAGGGCAGGUUUGUCAUGUAGGUCCUUUCGUGGAUCUUUUGGGUGGCCAUUGCUCAGCAAACCCAUUCCAACCCUGAAAUGCUCUUUUUCCAGGAGAAUUUUGCUAGGCAGGAGCAGAACUUGGAGAGGGGCUACAAUGAUCUCAUGUUGACCCUCGAGCAAAGGUAUGAGGAAGUCAUGCAGGCUUUGGGGGAAGAAAAGAAGGAGAAGCUGGAAGGAUUGUAUGAGCAGCUGGUCAGCUGUGGAGGCAACCUGGACACAUGUAAAGACCUGAUGGAAACCAUUGAGGAUCUCAGCCAAGGUGAAAAUAAAGUGAAUGCGAUCAAGGUAAGGAGAUGUAUGCGAUGGAAAUAACCAGUGAUGAAAUACUUAUGUAGUCUUUAACCUCAGAUCUGUUUUGUUUUGCUUUAAGAAUCAGUUGAUAAAUGCAAAUGAGACAGUCUGUAAGCAAAUUAAAAUUAAAUGAGAAUUAUUAUUUUUAUCCCACUUUCCUUAAAGAGUCCUGGAGACUGUAGUUUGUUAAGAGUGCUGGGAACUGUAGCUCUGUGAGGCGUCUCCUAACAAUCAGUACUCUUAAAAAAUUGCAGUUCCCAGAAUUCUUUAGAGGGAACUGUGAUCAUAGGCGCCAGGUCUAGAGAGCCCUGGAUGCCAGGGUACCCACCAAAAAUUGUGGGUGCUUAGCACCCACAACAUGGAGCUCUGAUGUGACUUCUGGUUUCUACCGGAAGUCGUGUCGGAGCCCCAACGCAACCUCCCAGAGGACCUUCAGAGGUCUUGGGAGGACUCGGGUGUGACCUUCAAGACCCCGCAAGGUCUCAGAAGUGACGUCCGAGGCCCUGCCAGACCUCUGAAUGUGACUUCUGGUAGAAACUGAGGUUCUGGCAUAAUCUCCAAGACCCCGUGAGGCCUCAGAAGCGGCGCCACACAACCAACGCAACGUGAUGUCAUGAUGUCAUCACGUUACGUCACAUCACGGGUGCCAUUGGGUACCCGUAACCUGGAGCCCAAGUCAGCGCCCUUGACUGUGUUGGUUAAAGUGGUGUAAGAGUGCUUUAAAUGUGUGGUAUGGAUGCGACCCACAUUUCUGAGGGAGUGUCUGUAAGGAACAAAAGAACUGCCACAGCAGAGUUGCGAAACUCCAAGCGAUAUUAUGAGGAUUAUACAAAUGGCCUACCUGACACAUUUUAUUCAGCAGUUACUAAAAAGCCUACUGCUUUUUGGUUCUUGAGUGUGUGUGUUUUUUAAUAGAUGUACCGUAUUUUUCCGUGUAUAAGACUAGGUUUUUAGGUUUAAAAUUGGGGCUCGUCUUAUACACGGGUAGUGCUGAGGGGUGUUUUCUUAAUUUGGAGUCCCCAAAAAUUAGGGGGCGUCUUAUACAUGGGGGCAUCUUAUACACGGAAAAAUACGGUACGUGUUAAUUGCCCUGGGAACACUGUGACAUUUUAUACAUACAGAUGCCAGGAUUCUUUGGCGGAAGCCAUGUGCUUUCAAUAUAGGGUACGUACUCGCAAGCCUCUGUCCCAAAGACCGGACCCACAAAGCGGCUUAAGAGAAACUGAAAGGGAAAAAAGCAGCUCUUCUGUAACAAGGACAAUCAGAACUAUUGUGAGACUGAACACUGGCAUUCUCUUAAAUGCUGAAUUAAAGGAGACACAAGCAUUGCUUCAGAAGCUGGUGAAGGCCAGGCUAUUGCAGGGUAAAUGAAUUUCUCCAACACAGAAUAUUUUGAGGGUGGGGAGAGCUGAGCCCAGGCUUUUUUUUCAGCUGGAAUUCAACAGAACCCGGUUCUGGCACCCCUCAGGUGGGUGCCAUUAUAAGAGAGCAAGGAAGGUGUUCAUGGUGAAGUCCAGCACCUGCUUCUCUAGAAAAACAGCACUGGCUAAGCUCCAUUGAAUUUGAUGGGGUGCUUCUGAUUGAAGUUUUUGGUUUUACUUGGCAUUGUAGGGGAGGACAUUAACAAACAGGACUGUAAAUUAUUUUUAUGUGCAAUAAUGGCAGCAAGAAUAUUUUUGGCACAAACAUGGAAGCAAGAAGAAUUACCGACGAAAGAAGAGCGGCAAAUGAAAUUAAUGGACUAUGCAGAAUGAGAUAAAUUAACAGGAAGGAGUCGAAUCCUGCGGGACCAGAGAUUCUUAGAAGACUGGAGUAAAUAUUUGAACUAUUUGAAAAGCCAUUGUAAUAAACAGAUCACACUAGUAGGACUGCAAGAAGUUCUGUAAGGAGGAUUAGGUGAAAUAUUGCAAGGAAGACUAUGAAGAGAACUAUUAGUUAACGAUAAUUAAAAGUAAUAGAGAAAUUAAGAAAUGCAGAAUAAGUGAUAAAGAAUGGGAAAUCUUCAGAGGUUGUUGACGGAAGUCCAAAAUAUUGUAUAAGACCAGAAAUUAUGCUAAAUGACUGUUGGAAGUGAUAUGUUAAAAUUAAUAAAAAUGUAUAAUAAUUAAAAAAAGAAGAUAGGCACAGUGGGGUUGAAUCCCUGCUUCCAAUCAGAUCAGAGCAGCACAAAGUGUCACAAAUUACCGUAUUUUUCGCCCUAUAGGACACACCUUGUUUUUUUGGGGGGGAAAUGAAUAAAAAAAAAUUUAUUUCCCCCCCCCUGCCGCGGGGCUGGGGCGGGGGAAGCCCGAGCGUCCCCCGACCCCAGCCCCCAGAACAGGCUGCUAUUCGCAAGCCUUGCGAUCCCAGCGGCAACUCCCGCCGGGCUCACAAGGCUUGCGGACACCUGCCCGAAGCACGGGGCGUCCUCCGGAGGGCGCCCUGUGCUCCGGGCUGCAGGCUGCCGCCCGCAAGCCUUGCGAGCCCGCGGGAACUCCCGCCGGGCGCACAAGGCUUGCGGACACCUGCCCGAAGCACGGGGCGUCCUCCGGAGGGCGCUCCGUGCUUCGGGCUGCAAGCUGCCGCCCGCAAGCCUUGUGAGUCCGUGGGAACUCCCCCCGGCACACAAGGCUUGCGGACACCUGCGCGAAGCACGGGGCGUCCUCUGGAGGGAGCCCCGUGCUUCGGGCUGCAGGCUGCUGCCCGCAAGCCUUGCGAGCCCGCGGGAACUCCUGCCAGGUGCGCAAGGCUUGCUGAUAGCUUCCUGAAGCCUGGAGAGCUAGAGGGGUCGCUGCGCACCGAUGCCUCUCGCUCUCCAGGCUUCAGCGAAAGCCUGCAUUCGCCCCAUAGGACGCACACACAUUUCCCCUUCAUUUUUGGAGGGGGAAAAGUGCGUCCUAUAGGGCGAAAAAUAUGGUAUACUGAUGAUAAACGUAGCACAACCGAAACGCAUUAGCAAGUGGUUGUUGAGACACACACACACAGAGUGAAUUGAUUUGAUGAAUGGGUUUAAUAUUGACUUGCUGAAAGGUGACAGAAAUUUUGAUUCAUGAAUCCAGCCAGCGGACCACGUUUUGAGAAAAGCCCUUUUAUAGACAGGUGCUUCAGUUCAGAACAUAGCAGGAAUUUGCAAUUCCUGUGAGUGAUCACCGUAAUUUUGCUCUGUUGUGUAGCUGGAGUGCAAGGGGGGGGGGGAGAGAAAGAGGGCUUUUUAUACAACAAUCGCAGCAAUCUUUGAGAAGGAGAUAAAAGAAGAAAUUGCAUUUUACCUAAGAGUCCUCUUUCUUUGCUAUUUUUAGCAACAGCUUUAUUCUCUUUAAAUUUGAAUUGGAGGGGAGGAAGGCAGUCUUCCAAAUAAUAACCCUCCCCAAUAAAUCUUUCCAAACUGUGCCAGGCCAGAAGAGAACCCCAAAGAUUAUAUCUAAAUUUAGUCCCCCAUCUGCACUAUACUUUUAAAUCACUUUAAACUGUUAUGGCUUCCCCCAAAGAAUGCUGGGAACUGCUGAGAGGUGUUAGAAGAUGACAACAACAACAAUAUUAAUAAUCUUUAUUAUUUAUACCCUGGGCGGCUUCCAAUAAAAGAUAAAAAAUACAUUAAAACAUCAGUCAUUAAAAACUUUCCUAAACAGGGCUGCCUUCAGAUGUCUUCUAAAAGCCAGAUAGUUGUUUAUUUCCUUGACAUCUGGUGGGAGGGCGUUCCACAGGGCAGGCGCCACCACCGUGAAGGCCCUCUGCCUAUUCCCCUCACGGCGCUACAAAUCCCAGAGUUUCACGAGAAGAGGGAUCGGUAGCUAAACCGCUCUGAGAUUCAUAGUCCUGUGAGGGGAAUAGGCGUCUCCUUUCGACUCUCAGCACCCUUAACAAAUGACAUUCCCAGCGUUCCUUGCGGGGAGCCAUGAUUGUUUGAAAUGGUAUGAUACUGCAUGGGGGUCAUAAUAAUAAUAAUAAUAAUAAUAAUAAUAAUAAUAAUAAUAAUUUAUUAUUUAUACCCCGCCCAUCUGGCUGGGUUUCCCCAGCCACUCUAGGCGGCUUCCAACUGAAUAUUACAAACAAUACAGCAUUAGACAUUAAAAACUUCCCUAAAGAGGGCUGCCUUCAGUUGUCUUUUAAAAGUAAAAUUGUUGUUUAUUGCCUUGACAUCUGCUGGGAGGGUGUUCCACAGGGCAGGCGCCACUACCGAGAAGGCCCUCUGCCUGGUUCCCUGUAACCUUACUUCUCGCAAUGAAUAAGGGAUCAGCAGCCAAAAUAAGGGAUUUUAGUCAACCAGCAGCCAAACGAAGCCUCAAGUGGUGGUUCCCACAGCGCAACAACCCGGCAAAGGGGAUGCAGAAAGGAAAACCACUGUCACCUCUCCGCUGGGAAGCGCUGAGCAAACGCGAGUCCCCAGGCAAAGCGGCCGAUUUGAUUGGCACAAGGCAUGCAAGCUCCACCCCCCAGUCAUUCUUAGACUCCUUAUUGGGUGAGCAACGCAGCCAAGGAAUACAGUUGGAGCCUCCCUCCUCCCUGGCCGGCAGGGAGGGAGGGAGAGGAGCUGCUUCCUUUGAAACCCGGGAAAUUGAAGGGACAUCAUCAAUAAGGGACAGCAGCGGGACACGGCGCUGGGAUAAGGGACUGUCCCGCCAAAUAAGGGACGCUUGACAGCUAUGAUGGGGGUGUUGCCCACAGCAGUUCCUCAGGUUUCCAAAUGUGAUCAUGGGCCCAAAAGGGUUGGCAGCUCCUGAACCACAGCACAACAUUGGCCGUAAGGUGGUAUAUAAAUGCAAUUCUUGAUUGUUACGAUGAUCCAUAACUAAAGGAAUAGGUAUGGCACAUGACAUCCACUCGGUGACUUCCUCUGCCAACAUUGGCACGCUGGCAGAAUUCUCUCUGCAGUAGCAAACUGUGUAUGCCCUGCAUUACCUUGCAUCGCUUUGAUCAGUGGAAUUGCCAUUACUGAAUUCCGCAUCUGUAACAACCCAAUUGUUUACUGUGGCAGCACCUACACUUUGGAACUCCCUGCCGAUUGAUAUUUAGCAGGCAUCUUCAUUGUACCCUUUUUGGCACCUGCUAAAAACAUUCCUGUUUAGUCUUCUGGAAAAAAGACUUCUGGGGAAAAAAUUAUAAAGAAUUAAAAAAAAUGAUGAAAUAUACAUCUAUGAAGAAACCAGAAGCCUUUCUCCUUGGAAUAACAGGUUCUGAACUGCCCCAAAAAGAUGUAAAAGUAUUUUUGUAUGCCACAACUGCUGCAUGGAUUUUACUAGCCAAAAAAUAGAAAUCACAAGAGCUACCAACGGUAGAAGAAUAGCAGAUGAAGAUGAUGGAGUUUAUAGAGAUCUCACCGGGAGAAUCCACGGGCAGGAAGAAAUUUAAAGACUAUUUGAAAAAAUAUUGUAAUAUUAAAGAUAUGUAACCACUUGAAAGAAUUAAUUAGGCCCAUAGGCAUUCCCUCCAUAACACGCACAGACAUUUCCCCUUACUUUCUAGGAGGAAAAAAGUGAGUGUUAUGGUGCAAAAAAUACGGUAAUUUCUUUAUGAAAUAAAUAAUAAAUAAAUCAUUUUGCCAGCAGUUGCUGCCGUAUGCUUUAAUGGCUCAGGAAAACCUUAAGAACAGUUGAAUGGCUGCUCAGAACUUCAUGGAAGCUUGCCUUCCUUGACAAGCCAAAAUAAAGUACGGUAGUAGUUUUCACCAAGAAUGGAAAUAAAUAUAUGAUAAGUGGAUUAGAAAGGAGAAAUGUGUCACUUUUCAGCGCUUUUUAACCUGCUGAACUUGUGGUAAUUUAAUUAUAUCUGUUUGAAAUUUGGCAUAUCAUAGACCUCUUCAGGUAAAUCAUGUAUGUCAAACUCCAAGUUAUUACAUCAGCAGGUGCCAUUUUUAUGAACAAUAGUACAGUGGUACCUCGGGUUACAUACGCUUCAGGUUACAGACUCCGCUAACCCAGAAAUAGUACCUCGAGUUAAGAACUUUGCUUCAGGAUGAGAACAGAAAUCGUGCUCCGGCGCCGUGGCGGCAAUGGGAGGCCCCAUUAGCUAAAGUGGUGCUUCAGGUUAAGAACAGUUUCAGGAUAAGAACAGACAUCUGGAACGAAUUAAGUACUUAACCCGAGGUACCACUGUAUUUUGUGGUUAAAUGGCAAAACCUUUGUUGUUGCUGUUGCAUACCUUAACAUCCCUGUGCCCCUUUAAUUUAUGAUUGUAAUGUGUUCCUAUCAUUAAACCACCUUCUUCUUUUCCUCCUUCUCUCUCUCUCUCUCCUUCUCUCUCUCUCUCUCUCUUUCUGCCUCUCUUGUCUACAGGCCGCAGUAGCUACAAGCCACAGGUAAUAUUAAGCCCUGAAUUUGUAGUUCCCCACCCUCCUGCAUACUUAAGAUGAAUAUACUGAAUAUCUUUCUUAUGCUUCAGAGCCCGUGUCCAUCCCUCAUGCUUAUUACAAAUGGAUCAGGGUGAAAGACAUGGUCCCCCCCCCCCGCUUUUAUCCACACAACAGCUUGUGAGAUAGGUUGGGUUGAGAGUGGUCGUCACCAUCCCAUGGUCACAAAGUGAACUUUUAAUGAUUGUGUUUGCAUGCCCUCCAACAUUUCUCCAAUGAAAAUAGGGACGUCCCAUUCCAUAAUGAUAAUUUUACUAUUUAUACCCCACACAUCUUACAGCCACUCUGGGCAACUUCCAACACAUAUAAAAACAAACAACUUCCCUAUAGAGGGUUGUCUUCAGACGGCUCGGGGGUGGGAUAACUCCAUACCCUCCAACAUUUCUCUGAUGAAAAUAGGGACAUCCUAAGGAAAAGCGGGACAUUCCGGGAUCAAAUCAGAACCGGGAUGACUUUUCUAAAUCAGGGAUGUCCCUGAAAAUAGGGACAUUUGGAAGGUCUGUGUUUGAUUUGUGGAUCCAAUAUUGUCCAAUUACAACCUUCCUCAAUCUCCUGGUGGCCUCCAGAUGUUUUGAACUAAAAUUCCCAUCAUCCCUGGCCAUUGGCCAUGCUGGGGCUAGCAGGAGGUGUAGGUCAAAAUAUCCGGAGGGCACCAAGUUUGGGGAGGCCACAUUGUAUUGCUCUUUCUUUUGUAAUUUGAGUAUUCAUCUGACAGAAGAAUGGGACAGAAGCAUUAAAUAGCAGCUAAGAAACUCAACUUUCCAAGUGUCGGUCCUUAUGUAGCUUAGGCUGCCACCAUUCAUGGGCAUAUCACCAGGCCUGAAUAGCAGAAGUACAAAAAUUAUUUAGAGAAAAAAAUUACUAAAAAUUACUAAAGGUGGCCGAGGGAGGGGGGAAUGCCUCCCAGUAGUCCUAUGGGGACUGAGCAUGCUCAGUGGACACAGAAUGCUAACUGAUCGCUGAGUGGAGAAGAGAAAACCAUGAGAGAUGGGGGAAAGGAAUGGAGUAUUCUGAACAGGGGCAGUCCACACUGCAACAUUUUGUUGCAGAUCCCACUUGCAUACUGUACAUAAUAAUAAUGAUGAGGAUGAUUUUGAUGUAAUGGAUAUAUAUCUAUAUCUAUCUAACACACACAAACACACACACACACGAGAAAAUAUGAGACAUUAAUAUAUAGCCAAGCUCUUAGAGUUGCUGUCUUACUCUCCAUUUCUCUGGCACUUGCAGACUGGUCGACUUCUUGAAAAAGGACGUGGAUAUAGAUCUAUCAGUGCCGACAAAUUUUGAAGCCCGGGUCAUAGAUUUCUCUGACAUUCAGGAACUAAUGGACUCCAUUAAUUCAGUCCCUGGUAUUUUCAUUGUAUUUAUUUCUGGUUUCUAUCUGACCCUCAGAAUUCUCCCCCAUCCAUACUCCUUACUGGCUUUGCUUGUGCUUCAGUGAUUUUUGCCUGGCUGAAAAGUGUCUUUGAACUCAAUAUUUAGGAAAUUUUUAAAUGUCUGAUGUUUUAUUGUGCUUUUAAUUCUGUUGGGAGCUGCCCAGAGUGGCUGGGGAAACCCAGCCAGAUGGGCGGGGUAUAACUAUAUUAUUAUUAUUAUUAUUAUUAUUAUUAUUAUUAUUAUUAUUAUAUCAAUAAUGCCUCUUCCUUGUCUGAAUGGAAGAAAGCUGGGGUGCGUGGGUACAUAGAAACUAAUCUAUUGUACAAAGCGAAAAUUUACAUAUGUUGCUCCACCUAUUUUUGUCUGUAGCCACACCCACCACUAUUAUGUGGCCCUUGGGAGAUUGCCCAGAAAGAAGUGUGGCCCUUGGUGUUUCUCCCCACCAUCAGCUUGGUGUAGACUACAUACUAAACCAGACAGACAACUAGCAUAAAAUAUAAAGCAAUUUCUUCCGUUAAGUGGCGUUGCUGAUCUUUGGAAUUCACCAUGUGAAUUCUGUUUAACAGAUUAAUUUUCCCCCUUCCGCCCUCCUUGUUACAGCUCCUUUGCCUCCUUGUGCACCAGUAAUGAACACCCAGGAUCCCAAUUCUGCUACUGGUACGUCCGUGAGAGUCUGCUGGAGCUUCUUUUCAGAAGAUAUUGUCGAAAGCUACCAGCUGUACUACAAACGAGUGAGCAACGAGGCGUCGAAAGAGGAGCAGGACGGUAAGGCUUUCUAUACACCAUAACUGCCCUCGAAGAAUUCUGGGAACUGUAGUUUCCCCCACACAGAGCUAUAAUUUCAAGCACCUGUCAGGGUGGUUGUCCGGGGUCCUGAAACAACAGUCCUGAAACCUUUUUAAAAACAGGCGAGCCAGUAGGAAAAUACAAACCAUUGUUGUUGUUGUUGUUUAGUCGUUUAGUCGUGUCCGACUCUUCGUGACCCCCUGGACCAGAGCACGCCAGGCACUCCUGUCUUCCACUGCCUCCCGCAGCUUGGUCAAACUCAUGCUGGUAGCUUCGAGAACACUGUCCAACCAUCUCGUCCUCUGUCGUCCCCUUCUCCUUGUGCCCUCCAUUUUCCCCAACAUCAGGGUCUUUUCCAGGGAGUCUUCUCUUCUCAUGAGGUGGCCAAAGUAUUGGAGCCUCAGCUUCAGGAUCUGUCCUUCCAGUGAGCACUCAGGGCUGAUUUCCUUAAGAAUAGAUCGGUUUGAUCUUCUUGCAGUCCAUGGGACUCUCAAGAGUCUCCUCCAGCACCAUAAUUCAAAAGAAUCAAUUCUUCAGCGAUCAGCCUUCUUGAUGGUCCAGCUCUCACUUCCAUACAUCACUACUGGGAAAACCAUAGCUUUUACUAUACGGACCUUUGUUGGCAAGGAGAUACAAAGCAUUAGCUUUGUUUUUAUUUGAAAAUUAAAUCUGGCUGAGAGGCUCCCGCCACUGAACUAUGAAAUGCCACAGCAGAUAUUGAAAGGGUUCCUGCUUAGAAGCAGGUUUCAGAAAAUGCCAUUUUAAAAUAACUUCCUAAAUCUUCCGCUUUCUCACUGCAGCGUUUAUGCUAAACGUGAAAGAAACAUACUGCACAGUUACGAACCUGGCGCCGAACGCGCAGUAUGAGUUUUGGGUGAAAGCCCUCAACAGAGCCGGGGUCGGUUCAGCGAGUGAACGAGCUGUUUACAUCACAGGUAAAUGCACUUCAGAUUUCGAAUGGCUUUUGACAUUCGCCUUUUCCUGAGUUUUGAACGAAGCAAAGUCUACAGAAGUGUGGCGUGAACCAGCUAAAGUUUGUUGAACUCUGCAAGUUUUUUUAUUUAUCUCAAAAACUUACACCCCACCAGAGCUGCUUACAAAGACAAAACAACACUAUAAAAGCCUUUUCUAGUAGAUAAUUUGGCAGGUAAUCUCACUGUUAUCUUUCAAGAAUAUCUUGAAGAUCCUUUUAUGCCUAUUCAGCUUGAAUUUUCUUCAGAUUAGCCAGUCAUUUUAAUGAUAAUUUUGUACUGCAUGUAUGGUAUUUUAUUUUUGUUUGUUUACAUAUUUAUGUAUAUUAAUAAUUAUAUUAUUUAUUGGUUUGUUUUUCUUUUAUUAUGUAUUUUCUGGGGUUUUUUAUAUUGUGAUUUUAUGUUGUGAGAUCUACAGGUAUAGGGCGGACAGUAUACAAAUUUAAUAAAGAAAUAAAAAUAAGAAAUGAAUAGAUAUUUUAAAAGAUUAUAUCCCGCUUUUUAACCAUCUGGGUCUCAAAGCAGCUUACGAAGAUAAAAAAAAUACACGAAAUGUAAAACAUCAAUUAAACUUCGAGCACUUUAAACCUCAGAAAUUUAAAAUCUCAAAAAUGGAAACAAAAACAUGAGAGGAAAUUUUAAAACAUUAAAUAAGAAUUCAUGAUGCGAAGACCACCUGAAACGAUAUUGUUUUAACCAGGAGCCUGAACUUUAGCAGGGAUGGUCCCUGCCUGAUUUCAAGUGGGAGGGAGUUCCAAAUGCUUCAUCAUAUUUGCAUAAAUUGCUGAAUACCGCCUUGAUAUUUUACAUGAGAUGGUGGAAUAUAAAAACUGUGAUGAAAUAAAGGAAUAAAUUAAUGUAAAUAUUCAGCAGGGGAGGGGGGGCAAGAAGAACUGAUCAUCUGAGUGGAUGCUGAAAGCCCAACCACUGUGGAGGGGCUGAUCUGUGUGUGUGUGUUUGAUCUUUGUUUUCAAGUUAAUCAAUGAAAACCUUAAUACUGUAAUACUUUUAAAAGACAAACCCUCAUAGUAUAUCUCAUAACCAAAUGGCUCAGGGGGAAAAAUAUUUAUCUGCUUCUUUUUUGUAAAGCUCCUUUAGCACCUGUCCUCAAAAGGAAGGAGAUCCAGAGUUGUGAACAUGCAGCGCUGGUGCGCUGGGAAUCUGGGAACACAAAUCCUGUUGACUCCUACACGGCUGAAUUGUCCAAGCUGACAGAUGGAGAGGACGGGAACAUCAUUACUGAGUGAGUUGCAUAGUAUUAGAUGCAUGCAAUGCUCGGGCCAUGUUUUUCAAAACACCCCAAGAGCUGAGGGGAAAGAGGGAGGCAGCGAAGGGGAAGGUUGGCGUUUUGAGCUAAGGGUUAGCAAACUUCAUUCCUGAUAAGGCCUGGGAGCCUGCAUACAAGGCAACAAGCUUCUCUACAGCUGGUCUCGUGGGUUUCUCUUAAAAAGGCCACGUGCCUUUUUUGUGGUAUUUAGUUGAUAAUACAUACAUUACAGUAGGUGCACAGGGACGCGGGUGGCGCUGUGGUCUAAACCACUGAGCCUCUUGGGCUUGCCGAUUGGAAGGUCGGCGGUUUGAAUCCCCACGACAGGGCGAGCUCCCAUUGCUCAGUUCUUGCCAACCUAAGCAGUUCGAAAGCACACCAGUGCAAGUAGAUAAAUUGGUACCGCUGCGGCAGGAAGGUAAACAGCGUUUCCAUGCUUUCUGGCUUCCAUCACGGUGCCCCGUUGCACCAGAAGCGGUUUAGUCCUGCUGGCCACAUGACCCGGAAAGCUGUCCGUGGAGAAACACUGGCUUCCUCGGCCUGAAAGCGGAAUGAGCAACCCCAUAAUCGCCUUUGACUGGACUUAACUGCCAUGGGGUCCUUUACCUUUACCUUUCUUUUACAGUAGGUGUUAAGUUGUGGGUGAACAUAUCAGACGACACAGCGAUUCUUCAAACAGCUCUUGUUUAUUCACCGGCCAGAACUGAACUGAACUGAAGGGUUCAGCCAGCCUGCUUAUAUAGAGCUCCACUCCAACGCAGCAGUAACCACUUUCUGUAACUAUCCAAUCACUGAACGUCACUUUCAAUUCCUUAUUUGCAUAUGUGGACCUGAGUGAAAACUAUCUACAGUAUCCCCCUGCUGGCCCAGGGUGAGAACUUCAGGACAUAACAGUAGGCACACUUGACCCACACUGAGACCAUUGGGCCUUGGGGAUUGCAAGGGGUCAAAGACUCUUUGCUAUUUCUGCAGUCUCCACCCAAGAGCCACCAAUCAGCAUGAAAAGGGAGCUUUUAGCCACUCAGACUUCUGUCUUCUCGCUCUUUGUGCUGAUUGGAGCUUCUGGUUCCUGGCUCACCUCAGACGGCUGCCUUUGUCCCGCUCCAAAGAUUUUGAUUUUGAUCCCGACAUCGGAACAGAUUUGUGUGUGGAGUGGGUGAGGGAGGACUCUUUCUGCCUCAUUUCUCCACUCUUCCUCAAAUGCCUUUUGUGCUCCCUUGACAACAGUGAUCCGUUAGGUUUCCUUCUGUUUUUCUCUCUCUCCAGGUCCAUUGUUGGCAUUCCAAAUUGUGAAGCGCUGAUUCAGCUGGAGCCAGGACACAACUACUUGCUCUCUGUGAAAGCCAUCAACAUGGGAGGUUCCAGCGAGCGGAGCGAGCCUGUCUCCAUCCUAAGCACAGGUAUAAUAAUAAUAAUAAUAAUAAUAAUAAUAGUUUAUUAUUUAUACCCCGCCCAUCUGGCUGGGUUUCCCCAGCCACUCUGGGCGGCUUCCAACAGAACACUGAAAUACAAUAACCUAUUAAACAUUAAAAGCUUCCCUAAACAGGGCUGCCUUCAGAUGUCUUCUAAAAGUCUGAUAGUUGUUUUUCUCUUUGACAUCUGGUGGGAGGGCGUUCCACAGGGUGGGUGCCACUACCAAGAAGGCCCUCUGCCUGGUUCCCUGUAACUUGGCUUCUCGCAGCGAGGGAACCACCAGAAGGCCCUCAGAGCUGGACCUCAGUGUCAGGGCAGAACGAUGGGGGUGGAGACGCUCCUUCAGGUAUACUGGACCAAGGGGUUUAAAGGUCAGCACCAACACUUUGAGUUCUGCUUGGAAACGUACUGGGUAGUAAUUACAAGAACAAUUUUUCACACCUGUAUGGGCAGAAUGGCUGCUUACCUAGUCCUGGGAAGGGGUGAGUGGGUUGCGGCCUGGCACGGUAGGCCCCAAUUCCAGGGGAGCAACGCUGGGCGUGUGCGAAUGGGGCCAUCAUACAGGAGUUGUUUGCAUUUGCAAGGUUCCGCAGUCCCUGCCGGCUACAAUAUUCCAUCCUUUCACAGGCACUUCCUUCACUCUGAACGAGGAGACGGCCCACCCCUUGCUGUCUGUGCUAGAAGACAGAUUGACAAUUGCAUGUUGCAGAACUGAGAGUCCCAAAUGUGAAUGGCCCUUCCGUGAAAACAGCUUUACAAGGUAUGGAAUCUAUAGGCCUGUUUCAUAGGCUUUGUUGUUGUUGUUGUUUAGUCGUUUAGUCGUGUCCGACUCUUCGUGACCCCAUGGACCAGAGCACGCCAGGCACUCCUGUCUUCCACUGCCUCCCUCAGUUUGGUCAAACUCAUGCUGGUAGCUUCGAGAACACUGUCCAACCAUCUCAUCCCCUGUCAUCCCCUUCUCCUUGUGCCCUCAAUCUUUCCCAACAUCAGGGUCUUUUCCAGGGAGUCUUCUCUUCUCAUGAGGUGGCCAAAGUACUGGAGCCUCAGCUUCAGGAUCUAUCUUUCCAGUGAGCACUCAGGGCUGAUUUCCUUCAGAAUGGAUAGGUUUGAUCUUCUUGCAGUCCAUGGGACUCUCAAGAGUCUCCUCCAGCACCAUAAUUCAAAAGCAUCAAUUCUUCGGCGAUCAGCCUUCUUUAUGGUCCAGCUCUCACUUCCAUACAUCACUACUGGGAAAACCAUAGCUUUAACUAAACGGACUUUUGUUGGCAAGGUGAUGUCUCUGCUUUUUAAGAUGCUGUCUAGGUUUGGCAUCGCCUUCCUCCCAAGAAGCUGGCGUCUUUUAAUUUUGUGACUGCUGUCACCAUCUGCAGUGAUCAUGGAGCCCAAGAAAGUAAAAUCUCUCACUGCCUCCAUUUCUUCUAAUUUUAUUUCACCUUUUCUUCUUUGGCAGGGAUCAGCACUGAAAUAUACUCGAAGUCCUGUAGUGAUUUCAUGCUCUUUAUUGCAGCUUGUAAAACAGUGAUUCAAUUGCCCCCCAAACCUCAGGCUUUUAUAUACAUUAUUUACACAAUGAGUCCCGUCUGAUUGGCUGAUUCUGCUUCCCUCCUGGAGCCUGAUUGGUCUUUUCCUGCAGGCCAAUCAGUUGUUGCAGGCCAAUCAGUUGUUGCAUUCUAGGAUCCUACUUGCCUAUUGUUCUAUCUAGUAUACAAGCUUAGUACAUAACAUGCACCUUUCAAAAAUGCCUUCUCAAAGGGUUAAUAUAAUAGUAAAGGAUGGUUUUCAGACACACUUCCGGGGCAAGCCAGCCAUGAAGUGUGCUCAAAUUCCUCUGGAAAAACAGAUAUGUCCCUGUUGAGAUGGCAGUACUGUAUUGAGUCAGUGGCUCAUGUGCUUCUGGCUUACAAUCUUUAUAAAGAUUUGAGGAGUGAGCUUUUCACCCCUCUAUUAUUGUCCAUGCUGGGCCACUCAAACAUUGCUACUGAGCCCUAUCUUCUAGCAGAUCAAGAUAAUCAGGUGACAGCAAAAACUGCAAAAUCUUUAGCAGGGGCAAUUAUUAUUUUUUUUUUAUAUAUAUAAUAUUUAUUGGUUUUACAAAAAAAAUUCCAAAAGAUGCAAAAAUACAAAAAUUCGACAAACAGAAAACAACAAUAACAAUAACAUAAAGCAAACAGAGAUAACAAUAUCCAUAACAAAAAAGAAAAAGAAAAAAGAAAAAGAAACAGAAAAAUUUAAAAAGUAUUAUACUUUCAUUUAACCUUCUUAUCAUUACCUAAUUCUUUGACUUCCCACAUCUCCCCGCUUGUAUUUCCAUUUAAGAACUCCUUUCAGCAAAUCCUUACCCUCCUUUCUUUAUCUUAACUCAAAAAGUUAAUCUAUUUAUAUAUAAAUAUUACAACUUUAUCGAUCAAAUAUUCCAUGCUCUUAAUCACAAGGCUUUUGCCAAUACCAGUUAUUUUCAAUCAGACCUCAAUUUAACAUUCAUUAAUUUUAUAGUAUUUCUGUAGAUAGUCUUUAAAUUUCUUCCAAUCUUCUUCCACCGACUCUUCUCCCUGGUCACGGAUUCUGCCAGUCAUCUCCGCCAGUUCCAUAUAUUCGAUUACCUUCAUCUGCCAUUCUUCCAGAGUGGGUAAAUCUUGUGUCUUCCAUUUAGCAGGGGCAAUUAGAAUAAGAUCUAUUACUUGAUUAUUGGUGUAAACCUCCAAAAUGUAUUUUGUAUAGUUAAGUUUUUACCUCUGUCUUCAGUACAUUUUAUUUUAUUUUAUUGCUAUGGCUAGUGGCUGAUGCAAAUAAAGAUUCUUCCGCUCUGUGCUCAAAUGCAGUAAAAAAAAAAAAAAAUCAAUAGGAAAUGUCUGCCUCCUCUUUCAGACAUUGGGACUGGUGGGGUAGAAAUUAGGGAGCGUGAAUGAAAAGUAGGUGGAGUCAGAGCAAGUGAGAGGCGGAGCCAACACAUUCUGGUUUUGCCCCCAUCUGCCUCCUCCCUUCUAAGUUUGACAAGGGCAACACCAAGACUAAAGAGGAGGAGCUAUGACAGUGACAUAGCUGUCAACCGUCCCUUAUUUGGCGGGAAAGUCCCUUAUCCCAGCGCUGUGUCCCGCUGCUGUCCCUUAUUGAUGAUGUCCCUUAAAUUUCCCAGGUUUCAAAGGAAGCAGCUCCUCUCCCUCCCUCCCUGCUGGCCAGGGAGGAGGGAGGCUCCAACUGUGUUGCUUGGCUGCGUUGCUCACCCAAUAAGGAGUCUAAGAACGACUGGGGGGUGGAACUUGCAUGCCUUGUGCCAAUCAAAUCGGCCGCGUUGCCUGGGGACUCGCCUUUGCUCAGCACUUCCCAGCGGAGAGGUGAUGUGGUUUUCCUUGCUGCAUCCCCUUUGCCGGGUUGCUGCGCUGUGGGAACCACUGCUUGAGGCUUCGUUUGGCUGCUGGCUGGGCUUUCUGCCUUUGGCUCGGAGGGGCUCAGAAGUUGAACAUACCUGUGCUUGGAAAAUCCCUUAUUUUGGCUGCUGAUCCCUUAUUUGCAAGGCUGCUGGUCCCUUAUUUUCAAAUCUGUAAGUUGACAGCUAUGGACAGUGAGUAAGGAAGCAGGCAGAUGUGGGGCGGUGGACUGAACUGGGAGGGAUAGUGCCCCAUUUGCCCUAAUAGACUAGCCUCCACUGCACCAGCUUGUGUUUGUUGUUGGCUGUUAAACUUUCCGACAGGACAGUUUACACUGCAGGGAAACUUGGAUUCCCUCAGCCAUUUUGUCACAUUUCACUAUGCAUGUCAUUUAUAUUGUGAAUGAAUUUCCUCUCCCCUCUGGCGUUCCUCUGGGGUUCCAUAAAACAUGGGGGAAUCCUGUAAUUUUAGCAGCGUUUGUGCAUGCUUUUCUGACGUUGCCUGUGAGCCCGGUUUGCCCCUCAUCUCGGCUUCCAGACAGCCCAAAAUGCAAAAAGAAAAGGACGAGCGUCGCUGGAUUCCAUCACAGCUCUGUGCUCUUAAUCGCACAGCUGUGAGGGUUUUAAAGUCAGCCUAAUUACACGAUGCGGUCCUUGUAGCAAUAUCUCGCUUUUUUGCACGUUACUAGAUUCUACAGGAAGCAGGCAAGUGUCUUCCCUCCCACUUAAUUCUAAAAUUUGCUGUGAUUGCCAUGGCAACGCUAGCUUAUACACAAACUGAUAUGCAGAUAUCCACCCCCCUCCCAAAAGAUUCCUCCUUACAACACACAGCUGACAAUUCUGGGUGAUGUUUACCAGAGAGUAAAUGAAUGAAUUCCACUUAAAACAAGGAGAAAGAGGGGUCAGCCUAGACCUCUACCCUGUUCGGCUGCUAUCCCUAUGGGAGAACCCAUUAAACACUGGGUGGUAUUGCAGGUUAGUCCUACUCAGAGUAGACCCGGUGAAGUUAAUAAGCAUGUCUAACUUAGGUUCAUUAAUUUCAGAGGGUCUGUUCUGAGUAGGGCCAAGGUCACAUUCAUACCAUACAUUUUAAGCACUAUGGUACCACAGAGUUAUAAUUUUCAGAGUGGCUGAACAGUCAAUUGCUCUUCACAGGGAGCUCUGAAAAUUGCAGCUCUGUGAGGGGAAAACUGGGUCUCCGAACAACUCUCAGCACACUUAACAAACUACAGCUCCCAUAAUCCUUUGGGGGAAGCCAUGACUGUUUGAAGCGGUAUGAUUCUGCUUUAAAUAUAUGCCGUGAAUGUGGCCUUAAGCGGGACUUAGUUCUGGGUAAGCAUGCCUAGAAUUGCACUGUAAGAUUUCUUGUUAUGCUAAAAAUGGUAAUGUAUUAAAUUUUGUAUAUAUGAUUCUCUUAAUUUCUGUUUACGUUAUGCGGAUAAAUUAUAAUCUUUGUGAUGGAAUUUUGUGCACUGCUAAUCAGGUGCCUUAUUGAUCUAAGUCCUGUAUUUGCUAUGACAGUAAACUGCAACAGAUGGACGCCGCCAUCGUAUGCUUACAUACUUGGGAGAGAGCCCCAUUAAACGCAGCAGGACUAAUCUUCCAACAAGAAUGCACAUGAAUUGCACUUUUUGCCUUCACCACUAGGAUAUUGUAGUCCCGUGUCCUCAGACGCUUGCAAAUAGGCUCCCCACCAAAAGUCAUCACAUGCAUCAUUCAACGCAGCAUUGUCCAAACAGCACCAUUUUGCAUUUUCUGUUCCAGAGGUAACAGUUAAAAUGCUUCACGAUUUGCAGCUGAAAUAUACUUGGAGUUGAGUGUGGAUUUCAUGCUCUUUAUUCAGCUCAUAGUACAUAGUGAGGAAUGAAAGUUUCCCCAAAAUAUCUGCUUUAUAUACAUUAUUUACACAGUGGGUCGCACGUGAUUGGCUAAUUCUGGGAUUCUCCUGUAGGCCAAUCAGGUUGCGGAUUCACUUCCACCUGGAGCUGGAUUGGGUGGCUCCUGCGGACCAAUCAUACUGCUGCAUUGUUCUAGGACCAAUCAGACUGCUGCAUUCUGAAUCCUAUUGUUCUAGGACCAAUCAGACUGCUGCAUUCUGGACCCUAUUGUUCUAGGACCAAUCAGACUGCUGCAUUUUGGCUCCUAUUCAACUCAGUACGUAACACCAGCCAAGGAUUCCUCAUUCCUGGGCUUGUGAGCCUCAUCAUUGUGAUUACUACGGAAUGGGCAUGCCACCGGGCAAAUGGGGGCGGAAGAACUUUAAGCCAUUGAUUUUUUUGUUGUCCUAGCAAACAAAAUUGGUCUAUAAACACGGAAGAAGUCAGGGUCACGUUGAAUGAGAUCUAUGCUCCCUCAUAAAUCCAGUGGUCUUGUGAUAAGGUUCAAGAGCCGUCAACAGGGCACAUGGUGUUCUCCUGGUGCCAGUAAAGACUCUGAGAGCUCCUCCAUUCACUUGGGGUGAAGUGGUGAAAGCGGUUGCCCUUUCCUCCCUUGAAAAGUACACAGAGUUGCAGGAGGAAGUUGGAACGGUGCCACUCUUUCCCACUUCCUCUUUCAGCUCUAUGUGUUUUUCAAGGCUCAGGUUAACCCACCCUGAUCCCUUGGAAAAGCAAAGUGUGUGUACAUGCUCUUUCUUUCUUUCUUUCUUUCUUUCUUUCUUUCUCUCAGGGAGGGAACUGAUCCAGGCAGGGAGGAGGGGUGUGACCAGAAAUGGUGGUGCUCACAGCCAAAUAGCCAAAUACACUCACUAAAGGUUGGGAACCCCUGUCACAGAUGUUGGCCACCUUCAGUAUUUUCCACAUUUCCUUUUGCCAGAUCCAUCGCUAUCUUGGGAAACCCAAUACCGUUCCAAGGCAAACAUUACUGGGAGGUGGACGUCAAUGAAAAUACAGAAUACCGUGUUGGUGUGGCUUUUGAAAAUGUUUCUCGAGACAGCUAUCUGGGCACAAGCCAUGCCUCCUGGUGUAUGAGGCACACAGUCAACUCUUCCAGGUACAAACACUUCCAAGCCUUAGGUAAACGGUAAAGGUAAAGGACUCCUGGACCGUUAAGUCCAGUCAAAGGCGACUAUGGGGUUGUGGUGCUCAUCUCGCUUCAGGCCGAGGGAGCCGGGAUUUGUCCACAGACAGCUUUCCAGGUCAUGUGGCCAGCAGGACUAAACCACUUCUGGCGCAACGGGACACUGUGACAAGUGUCAGAGCGCAUGGAAACACCAUUUACCUUCCUGCCGCAGUGGUACCUGUUUAUCUACUUGCAGUGGCGUGCUUUCGAACUGCUAGAUUGGCAGGAACUGGGACAGAGCGAAAGGAGUUCACUCCAUCACGAGGAUUCGAACCGCCGACCUUCUGAUUGGCAAGCCCAAGAGGCUCAGUGGUUUAGACCACAGCAAUCAUAGUGUUGGAAGGGACCCGAUGGAUCAUCUAGUCCAACCCCCUGCAAUGCAGGAAUAUGCACCCAUACAGUGCAUACGAGAGCCAGUGUGGUGUAGUGGUUAAGAGCGGUAGUCCCAUAAUUUGGUGAACCAGGUUCGCGUCUCCGCUCCUCCACAUGCAGCUGCUGGGUGACCUUGGGCCAGUCACACUUCUCUGAAGUCUCUCAGCCCCACUCACCUCACAGAGUGUUUGUUGUGGGGGAGGAAAGGAAAGGAGAAUGUUAGCCACUUUGAGACUACUUAAAGGCAGUGGCGUAGCGUGGGGGGUGCAGGGGGGGCCGGCCACACCGGGCGCAACAUCUGGGGGUUAGGGUUAGGGGGCGCAAAUCCACGGGUUAGGGGGCGCAAAUUACUUGCCUUGCCCCGGGUGCUGACAACCCACGCUACACCACUGCUUAAAGGGAGUGAAAGGCGGUAUAUCAAAUCCAAACUCUUCCUCUUCUUCUUCUACAGGGUUCAGACCCAUGACCGUGGCACUUUCAGCAUCUUCUGGUGCAACUGCCCAGCCAUAAAUGAUCUUGCUUUCAAACGAUCUUGCACCUGCAAAAGCUCAUAGCUGGAUGCGCUGCUUAAUUUCCAAUAUAUGCAUGUUCCCAUACCUUCCUGCUGAAAGUCUUGUCACUUUUUAUAUCACAAAAGUUCUGGUUAAUUUUUUCCCCUCCUGCACUUUUUUAAAAAACCAUAGAACAUUUAUAAAGCACUUGCUCAAACAAAUAAACAAACCAGGCAGAGGGCUUUCUCGGUAGUGGCGCCUGCCCUGUGGAACGCUCUCCCAUCAGAUGUCAAGGAAAUAAACAACUAUCUGAUUUUUAGAAGACAUCUGAUGGCAGCCCUGUUUAGGGAAGUUUUUAAUGUAUGAUGUUUUAUCGUGUUUUUAAUAUUCUGUUGGGAGCUGCCCAAAGUGUCUGAGGAAACCCAGCCAGAUGGGCGGGGUAUAAAUAAUAAAUAAUAAUUAUUAUUAUUUGCAGUAACAGUGCAUGGGUGCUGCUCCAGGAGGCAAAAAUGAAAUAACAGUGGAGAAGCAUAGCAAAACUGGUAAUAGAACUGGAAUGAUGUCCAGUAAAAAUCUACCACUAAUGCACUAUUAUCGCAUCAAUGACACUUUGCAGAACACAGUCCCUACCAAAAAACCAAAACUCAGUCUGCUCUGAGAGCUUCUAAUUGCAUGCAUUUUCUCUCUCUCUUGCACAGACAUACCUAUGAGUUUCUGAACAAUGGGAUGACUCCAGAAAUUACGAUUACUGUCCCUCCCCGGAGGAUUGGACUUCUGCUUGAUUACGACAAAGGGAGCCUGUCGUUUUUUAACACGGAUAUUAUGCAACACCUGUACACCUUCCACAACCACUUUCAGAACUUUGUGUGUCCUUGUUUUGCUCUAGAGGAGCCUGGCACACUCCGGAUUCUGAAUGGCGUUGCGAUGCCUACCUACACGAUUUCGUGAUUCGGGGGCAGCUGUUUGGCAUGCAUGCAAUGCCUGACUCUUGCAUAACUCUAUUAAAACCUACGGCUUCACGGUUUCACAACCAUACUCUCUCCCUUAAAACACCACCUGCUUUAUUCUUUUUAAAAAUACACACACAUUUAUAUCCCACUUUUCUUUGAAAGCAAAGCAGUUUUCAUAGAAAAUGUUAAGCAAAGCUGCCACAUCAGAUUACACAGCUGCAAAACUCAAAAUGACAGAAAAUAAUAACUUGAGAGAUAUGUUAAUUUUUACUUACAUUAUAAGCUUGUUAUACUGUGCAUCUUUGGGUCAUGAUGAGCUGUCAGUGGUCCUUAUUGCUGCGGCUUCCACGGAACAUCUGCAAAGAGCAAUUACGAUUCCAUGUAAGCGUCAUUUGGAUUAAGCUUUCUUUCUUUCUUUCUUUCUUUCUUUCUUUCUUUCUUUCUUUCUUUCUUUCUUUCUUUCUGCUUAGCCAUCUCUGCACCAGUUUUCUAAAUAAGCAGUUUGGGAGGCAAGUCAAAGCUUGUGAUAUUGCUUGUGAAUAUCGAUAGUGCGUGGUGGGAGGCACUGAGCCACCUGCAGUAAAAACUGAAGAAAUAAAAUAAAACCCAGAUGCUUCUGUGUGUACUCUUUAAAGAUGCUCCCUCACAACUUAGGAUCCAGUUGCAUUCUGCAGGGGUGAGAAAUCUGUGGCUCGCCAAGAGGCUGUUGGACUCCAACUCCCAUAAGCCCCAGGCAGCAUAGCAACUGGUCAGAGAUGAUGGGAUCUGGAGUACUGGCAACACCUGGAGGGCCACAGGUUGCCCAGCCUAGCAUAAUAGAGCAUGUUCUUUAAGCACCCCAAAGCUCCUCUAAGGAGUGUUUCUCCAAAUAAUCCUUCCUUUGUUUGAAUUUUGAUAGCCUCGCCCAACCAGCCUUGUUGUGUGCCAUACUUUACAACAUGUAAAGUUUAUAAACUGCAGCAGAGACUCUUUCUGUGGUGUGUGCAAUGAAAACAAUCCAGUUUCACUUGUUUGCUUGCUGGUGGAUAUCGAUGCCUGGUGGGGAUUUCCAGAAGUAGCUGAAGAUGCUUAUUUAAUGGCUUUUGAUGAAUGAAUGUUUCUUCAUUGAUCACAGGUGCGUGGUUAGGACACACCCCAUAAGUAAAAGGGUAAAAGGUAAGGUAAAGGAUGCCUGGGUUGUGGCACUCAUCUCACUUUCAGGCCGAGGGAGCCAGCGUUUGUCCACAGGGGUGAGCUCCCUUUGUUCUGUCCCAGCUCCUCCCAACCUAGCAGCUCGAAAGCACGCCAGUGCAAGUAGAUAAAUAGGUACCACUGUGGCAGGAAUGUAAAUGGUGUUUCCUUGUGCUCUGGUUUCCGUCACGGUGUUCCGUUGCACCAGAUGUGGUUUAGUCAUGCUGGCUACAUGACCCGGAAAGCUAUCUGUGGACAAACAUCAACUCCCUUGGCCUGAAAGCAAGAAGAGCGCCGCAACCCCAUAGUCGCCUUUGGCUGCACUUAACCGUCCAGGGGUCCUUUUUUUUUUUUUUUUUUACCCAUGAUACCUAAGAAAAAGGCUUCAGGUCUUUUGACUUGAGUCUUGUACUUUGGUGCAAUCUGAAUUUUGCAAAGCCUACGCAAGCCAACCAACCAAACAAUGACAAAUGUGUGACAUUUCAGGAAUACGAAGCCCUUCGUUGCCUCAGAGUUAUCCAAUAUUUUGCAGGAUUUGUUAUUUAGCUUGUUUUCCAGCUUGUAUUUGUAAUUUAAAGUGCCAAGGCUAAAAUUCACCACUAGAGGGUAGUAGUGGAAGUGACAUGAGAAGACUUCAUCUUGUUGCUGUUGAACAAAUUCAACACUAAUAAAGCUGGCAG